AUGAAAGGCCAAUCCAUCACCGCUUUCAUGAGGGGUCUGAAGGUCAUCCUCACCCAGAUGGAGACACUUCCUCAGAGUUCCUGCCAGAAGAAGGCAAUUAAGCGAGCUGCCACUCCCCCACCAACCAUCGAUCUCGACCUGGGAGACGAUGAGCUCUUCCCAUGCGACUGCACUCUACAGGGCAUAAACUCCCUGGAUGUCGCCUACCUCAGCACACCACAGCUCAGCUCGCUGAAGAGCAAGGAGUGCGGCCUGGACUACAUCAGGCGCGCCCUCGACGCCCUCGAGCCCAUGAGCACCUGCACCCGGUGCUUGGGGAAGGACUACGUCCGAACCUUCCUCUAUCUCCUCUGCCGAACGAUCCUGCAGAGAUGCCGGGCGUUCUAUCAGCACCUGGUCCGGACGUACCAGGGCAAGGACCAGCAGCCUCUUUUGCUGGAUGAUUACCAGCUUGCGACGGUCGAGGAACGGGCUGCAUUGCAGUGUAUGUUCACUUAUGUUGAGAUGAAGCGGUUCCACGACUGUGUGGGCCGCAUUAUGGAGACGCUCAGAGAGCAGCCCAUGUUCGAUGAGGAUUCGUGGGCCGUCAUCAAGGGUCAGGCCUACAAGCUGGCCAUCGAUACGGCUGAGUUUCGCUUUAAAUCCAUCCACCGCUAA